AAGGAGUAUAAAAAUAAGAAUAGUGCGGGCGUGGGUGUUGCUUGGUGUGUGUGUAUGGAUGCCGCUUAAUUCUCGGCAAUGUCGCUUCCCAACUCCGACGCCCCCACAUUCAAUCCUUCUCCUGCCGUAACUCACGUCUUUCUCUUUCCCUUUCUCUUUCUCUUCUUUUCUCAUCAAAUUCUUCGUUUCAAAUCUCCAAAAACAGCAAUCAACAGAUAAACAAGUCUGAUACUCCAAUGGCUGGUGAGGCGUCUGGCCUAUCAGCUCAAAGGAUCCAUCAACAACAACCAACUUUUGUCAUGCCAAAUGUAAAUAACAAUGUUUCUGUACGGACGGGGGAAGAGUUUUCGUUGGAAUUUCUUCAGGAUCGUGUUGCUGCUAGAAGAGUUCCUGCUGUAGCUAAUUCGUGUCAAAAGCGUGAAAAGAGGGCCGUGUUUAAUUAUGAUCAGAAUGGCCAGCUGGGGUAUGAGGAUCUCACUGGUAUUCUUGGGUUGAGGAGAAUAGAUUCCGAGAGUACUUCUGAUAUGUCUAUGUCUGAGUAUGCAUCUGCAAGAACGUCUUUCAAUGCCAAGGAGAUGGAAAAUGGGGCUUAUGUUGAUAAAUCAAGCAAAUACUACAAGGAAGAUGGUGAUAGUGGACAUGGGUCAAGGAAGGCUUUUGGUGAAUUGAAUUUCGAUCGGACUGGUAUGGGAAUACCAAUACCAAUACCUCCACCACUUCAUAAAUCUGGGUCCCCUCAUUCCAACAACUAUCCUGGGUCAGGAGUAUCUGGCGGUUCUCAUUUGGGGAAAAUGAAGCUCCUUUGCAGCUUUGGUGGAAAAAUUUUGCCCAGGCCCAGUGAUGGGAGACUCAGAUAUGUGGGUGGUGAUACACACAUUAUUUCCAUCCGGAAGUGUAUUUCACGGGAAGAGCUUAUGAAGAAAACAUUGGGUAUUUGCAACCAACCUCACUCUAUAAAGUACCAGCUUCCUGAUGAGGAUCUUGAUGCGCUUAUAUCUGUGUCUUCUGAUGAGGAUCUUCAGAAUAUGGUAGAGGAAUAUUGUGGGCUUGAAAGGCAUGGGGGUUCUCAAAGACUCCGGAUCUUUUUGAUUCCUCUUUGUGAAUCUGAAAUUUUAUCCUCCUUUGAUGGAAACACUAUUCAACAGAACAGUCCUGAUUACCAAUACGUUGUUGCUGUGAACGGGAUCCUAGAUCAUACUUCUAGGAAGAACACCAGUGGGAUGAGUUUGGCAAGUGAAGCAAAUAAGCUCGGAACUAAUUUGGACUGCAUUCCUAGCUUUCAUAGAGGUUCUCCAACUGCCCCAGCUCCGUUGGAGUUAAAGGGUGGUUUUAAUGCUUUGCAUCCUGGUCAGUUCUUUAAUCAGUCCCAGAAUAUGAGCAGGUCUCCCAAUCAUUCUCCUCCUCAUUCUCCAGUCCCACUUCAGCAGGAAGAUUCAAAGAGUGUUCAUAUGCAAUUGCAUGGUGAUAACUCACGCAAGAGUAGCAACGAGAGCAGCAGUUCUUCUUUCACUACUCGACUACCAUCUGAGGACUCCAUCACUAACACUGCUGGUUCCAAAUACCUUCUGCAAGGGGAGGUUACUUUAAUGAAUCAUCACCACCCUUAUAAACAAGUUGAUGUCGGCCAGCCAGAGCAUCCUCAUGGAGAACAUAUUCACAACUGCAAUUCCAGCAAAGAAACAAAUUCUUCUGUUGAUCGAAAUGAUAGUGACUUUGAUGGAUUCUCCUACGAGAAACCAAUGCACAAGGAAAGGACAUUCCACUCUGAAAAGCCAACCUCGCGUCCAGAAGAUCCACUGGGUCUCUUUUCCGGAUCAAGUGACUCCAUUGAUUCUCAUCGUGGGAUGUCACAUGCAUUUUCUGAUUCAAAGCUGAAUGAGAAUGGAGGGAGCUCUGCAUGCUGUUCGCAAGAAGGAAUGAGCCCAUUGUCUCCUCUAAACUUUCCAAAGGCUCGACCACCUUUACACUUAAGUGCCUUACAAGAAAAGCCACUGCAACCAAAUGAGAAUAUGAGUCUUGUCUACCCUCAGGUACAGUAUAUGUUAGUGGAUGUUGACCCAACUGGAUCUCAAAGUAGACUGGAUUUGCUGAAUUCUUCCACAUGUUCAGAGAUACCGAGCUGGAACAAACCUAUUUAUAAGGUUACUGGUGGUGUUGAUGACAAAUACCCAACAUCUGGAAAAGAUUUCAGUAAAUCUGCUUUCAUUACACUGAACCACUUGGAAAUAAAUUCAUCAACUUUGGAAACUAUGGAAAGGCUUGAUGAAAAUAAUCCCUUUCUGUGUCAAGGUGGAAAACUUAAUGGGGCUCCUGCCACUGGAUUGGAAUGUCAGAACAUAUUGCCUAAUGUAAAUUCCAACCUAGCUUCCAGUUUUGGUGUUGAUACAUCUACACAAGAGUUGCAAGUCUCAGGCGAUGUGCUUCCUGAAUCCUCAGCCAUUAAUUUCAAGCCUGUUGUAGAUAACAUAAUAGAGCAACCCAAAAAUUUCCAAGUAGAGAAGACCCCUCCUGAUCUUGUCAUGAGCCAAAGAACUGCCAAUGAUCAAGACUGUGAUUUGACUACAAGAGUGAUUGGUGAACAAGAAAAAGAUAUUUCAGGGUUUGGGAAUUCUGAAGUUGCAGGCUUAUAUCCAAGUGCCAUACAACAGUCUUAUGAUGAAAAUUCUUUGUCUGAUCUAAUGUCUGGGUCAAUUUAUGGCCUAGCUUCCCAUGCACCUCCAUUGCUUCAACCUGUUGGAAGUCAAAAAGACAUGGCUGUUAAUGAGCCCAAGCUAAUGAGCUCUAUAGAUUUGUACCCAUCUGCUGUCCAUGAUGAUUCUGAUUUGAGCUCAAACUUGAAUAAGAAUGACCAUACAUUGAUUGGGAAUCCAACUGAAGAUGCUUUGUUUAUGAGAGAGUUUUCUCUCCUAGAUGCCGACUUUGUUAGUUACCCUUAUCAGAAGGUUGAGAAUUUGGGCUUUGGAGGAUCUGUUUGUGAGAAGUCAAAUGUUAAAGACAGCACAUCAGAAAAUCUAAAUUUCCCAAUUAAAAGUCAUGAAAAAAAUCAGCUGGAGUCAGUUAUUGGGGAAGAUGUGAAUGAGACUAUUCAUUCUCAUGUCCAGUCUUUGUCAAUAACUGUGCCAUACAUCCUUGAUGAAACCAGCAGUUAUAAUAUCGAUUUUGGAUCCCCUGCUGCAACAGAGGUGGAGGGCAGCGUCAUUCCAGAGUUUGAGUCUGAGGAUGCUAAGGCUGAUGACGAAGACAUUACUUAUUCAAUUAGUGAUGCAAUGAUAGCUGAAAUGGAAGCCAGCAUAUAUGGUUUGCAGAUUAUAAAGAAUGCUGAUCUUGAAGAACUACGAGAGUUAGGAGCUGGUACUUAUGGGACUGUUUAUCAUGGAAAAUGGCGGGGAACAGAUGUUGCUAUAAAGAGAAUUAAAAAAAGUUGCUUUUCAGGUAGAUCGUCAGAGCAAGAACGCUUGACAAAAGACUUCUGGAGAGAGGCGCAGAUCCUCUCUAAUCUUCACCAUCCAAAUGUCGUUGCAUUUUAUGGUGUAGUACCAGAUGGAGCUGGAGGAACACUGGCAACUGUGACAGAGUUUAUGGUGAACGGGUCACUUAGACAUGUCCUACUUAAGAAGGAUAGAUUGCUUGAUCGCCGUAAAAAGCUUAUAAUUGCCAUGGAUGCAGCUUUUGGCAUGGAAUACUUGCAUUCAAAAAAUAUUGUCCAUUUUGAUUUGAAAUGUGACAAUUUGCUUGUUAACCUGAGGGAUCCACACCGACCCAUAUGCAAGGUUGGAGAUUUUGGGCUAUCAAGAAUUAAACGCAAUACUCUUGUAUCUGGUGGUGUGAGAGGAACCCUUCCAUGGAUGGCACCAGAACUGUUGAAUGGUAGCAGUAGCCGGGUGUCUGAGAAGGUUGAUGUUUUCUCAUUUGGCAUCUCAAUGUGGGAGAUAUUGACUGGUGAGGAGCCUUAUGCAAAUAUGCAUUGUGGUGCCAUUAUUGGUGGAAUUGUGAAGAAUUCUCUACGACCUCCAAUUCCGGAACAUUGUGAUGCUGAGUGGAGGAAGCUGAUGGAACAGUGCUGGUCUCCUGACCCUGAAAUCCGGCCAUCUUUUACUGAAAUAACCAACAGAUUGCGUUCUAUGUCUAUUGUGCUUCAGUCAAAGGGAAUAGUCCGGUGAGGCAUGCGAAGCCCAAUGUUUCCUCAUCAAUUGAUAGUGUAGAUAUGCACCUAUUUUGUUCUUCAUGUACCAGGAUUUUCUAGUAUCUUCAAGAGAAGUGAAUGGGGCUGAGGAUCAAAGCUUCAAGGCUGAGCAUGAGUCCAAUUUGAUGAUUUAUUGUUUCUUCUCCGAUUGUUAAUAACGAUAUCACCAUUUGUUCAUUCUUUUUUAGUUUUUAACAACACAAGGUAGUAAAUGAUGAGAGAAGCAUAUAUUGUCCCAUGCUUAGUUUGCUCAUGUUUUUCCCAGAAAACCCUUUGUUAAUAUGUACAUACGAAUACUAAAGGCAUAGAGUUCUGCAUUGCUGUAUCUACUUCACAUCCGAAUUAUGAGUCUUUUUGUCCUCUACGUUUUGAGAGGUGGAGAUGUAAAUUUACCAUUAUUGUAAUGUAAAACAGUGAGGCUUAAAUAUGAUUUUUUUUUCCUUUUCCUAUUGUUA